AUUAGGGCACACCAUUUUCACAUCCCGCUGAAGACUUUCCAGCAAUUCAGUGAAGAAGAUGAGGAGAAUUUGUCCCAAUGGUAUUCCUUUUAUCUCUUCCUUUGAUACUUCCAAUUCUGGUUCGGCAUUUACAGUCAGAGCUUAUUCUUCAUCUCAUAGCAAUGCAUCCAUUUCGGCAAAGGCUAAACUUAGGGUAAGUAGCAAAUUUGAGAACGUCAAGUGUUUAGAUGAUGCUAUGACUCUCUUUAAUCAAAUGGUCAGAACGAAGCCUCUUCCUUCUGUUGUCAAUUUCUCUAAGUUAUUUAAGACUAUGCUAAAUAUGAAGCAUUACUCUGCUGUCGUUUCUCUUUUUGUACAAAUGCAGAAAUUGGGUAUCCCAUUUAAUGAAUUCAUCUUGAGUAUCGUGAUUAAUAAUUAUUGUCUGAUGCAUCGUGUUGAUUGUGCAUUUUCGGUGUUAGCCAUUUACUUGAAGAAUGGCAUCCCAUUCAAUAAUGUCACCUUUACCACCCUAAUCAGGGGAUUCUUUGCUGAAAAUAAGGUCAAAUAUGCAGUUGACUUGUUCAAGAAGUUGGUGAGAGAGAGUAUUUGUGAGCCUAACGAAGUCAUGUAUGCAACCGUCAUGAAUGGGCUCAGCAAAAGGGGCCAUACUGAGAAAAAUUUAAGUUUGCUCCGGGUAAUGGAACAAGGGAACACUAAGCCUGACAUAUGCAUCUACAACAUUGUUAUAGAUGCUCUUUGCAAAGAUAGAAACUUAGAUACUGCUAUCAACCUUUUGAACGAACUGAAGAAGAAAGGCAUUCCUCCAAACAUAAUCACAUAUAAUUCAUUAAUUGAUGGUUUGUGUAAGUUUGGUCAGUGGGAAAAGGUUAGGAUUUUGUUCUCCGAGAUGGUAGAUCAUAAUAUUUAUCCAGAUGUGCACACCUUCAACAUAGUGAUUGAUGGACUAUGCAAAGAAGGGAAAGUCGAAGAUGCUGAGAAAGUAAUGAGACACAUGAUCGAAAAAGGUGUAGAGCCUGAUAUAGUCACCUACAAUGUGAUAAUGGGUGGAUGUUGUCUGUGUGGUCAAAUGAAUAGAGCGAGGAGAAUUUUUGAUAUAAUGAUAGAUAAGUGCAUUGAGCCUAACAUUGUUAGCUAUAGAAUACUAAUAAAUGGAUACUGUAAGAAAAAGAAGUUGGCCGAGGCUAUGCAAUUUUUUCAUGAAAUUUCUCAAAAGGGAUCAAAGCUUGACAUUGUUACGUACAAUACUAUCUUGCAAGGUCUGUUUGAAGUUGGACGGAUUGGCUCUGCAAAAAAGUUCUUUGAUGAGAUGCUAUCUGUGGGGCUUGUACCUGAUUUGUGCACUCAUGGCACUUUGCUCAAUGGUUAUUUUAAGUAUGGACUUGUUGAUGAAGCUAUGUCACUCUUUAAUGAGUUGGAAAGAAAGAGAGUAAAGUCUAAUAUUGAAUUUUACAAUGUUGUCAUUAAUGGAUUGUGCAAAAAUAGAAAACUUGACAAAGCUCAUGCUAUUUUUGAGAAGCUUUCUUUUAUUGGAUUGCUUCCGAAUGCGAGAACAUACACUACAAUGAUAAAUGGACUUUGUCUUGAAGGGUUGUUAGAUGAAGCUAAAGAUAUGCUAAGAAAAAUGGAGGACGAUGGUUGUUUGCCAAACAGUAUCACUUACAAUGUUAUUGCGCAAGGAUUUCUCAGGUGCAACAGAAUUAGCGAAAUGGCAACUUUUAUGAAGGAAAUGGCUGGAAGGAAAUUCUCAUUUGAUGCAACUACAACUGAGUUUUUGGUAAAUGUUAUAAGGGAGAAUCCUUCUGUUCUUGACAUGAUACCAGAGCUUCACUUGAAAAAUAAGAAGUGAAUAUUUCUUUCCCUUGGUUUAUUCUGCCACACUAUCACUAUGAUCAAUUUCCUUUUUCCUCUCAAAAGAAAUUGCAUCCAAUGCAAUCAGAUAAUCUGAAAAAGAAAAAAAGGCAAUUAGAACAUUGCUUGAGCUUUCCAAGCAGGCCUAUUGAGGAGAUGACACAUCAAAAUGUUGGAGCCUUGGUGGUUGUGAAACCUUGGGAAAACUAAAUUAAUCGCUGGAAUUAUUGGAGAAAGAGGUAUCCUCUUGAACUAUGGCAGAAAUGAAGCCGGAUUAGGACUUGAAUAAAGAUCUGUGAUCAAUUGAAGUCUAAUGAAAUACCAAUCUUAGUUUGUGAUUAAUUUUGUCAUGCUAUUAUCUGGUUUUAGUUUGUCUUUUGUGAACAUUUUGUCCUAAGGAUUGGUCUGAAUUUGGUAGAAUACAAAGCUGUUUUAGACAUUAUAUGAGGUACUAACCAGGGACCGUGAACUUUCUUGGUCUAAUUGGUUAAAACUGAUCGAUUCCGGAAUAUGAUUUAUCAUGGCACUGCUUUGAA